AGACAUGGGUAGGACUCAGACUUCAAGCGAAAGAAAGAGUUAGCAAAUUCCUUCAUUCGUACAAAAAAACUGGCAAUAAUACACCAGCAACAGAAGUACUUUCAGAGCAGGAUUUACAGAUUACUAAUAUUUUUGGAAAGUAUGGAAUGGGUGUAGCAGUAACUGCAGAAUUAGGAUUUACGCACAUCAAAGCACCAUCAAUUUCGGUAAAUGCAGCUAAUGUCUGUUUUCCAAGAUUUGAGGAUCAUCAUACUGAUGAUACAAGGAGUACUGUGAGACCGACAAACUCUCAACUACUCUAUUUAAUUGAAAAAAUGCAGAAGCAUUACCUGUCAAAAACAAAUGAUCUUCAUGAAGACAGCGAAUUAAUCAUCUUCAUGACUCCAUCUCUAAACGAAAAAGGGAAUGCAAAAGAUUCUGCAGGAUGGGCAAGGCCUUGGCAGCAUUUGAUGACAACUGCAAAGAAGCAUCACGCUACCCUGUCGACAGAAGAACGAUUGCACCUGAUGGAUUAUCAAGCGAAAGCUCUUUCUUUGUACUCAACAUAUAAACAUCAGCUUGAAAAACGCCAAGACAAUAAUGAAAAUACAUCUAAUAUCACGAAGGAAACGUUAGAAGAAUCCAAAAAGCAGAUUAAAGUGGAACAAUCAACCAGCUUGCAAUCUUCAGAGGCAGCUCUGAUCUCCGAUUCACAAUUUCAAGAAGAGUAUAAAAAUUUAUCAGCAGAUGAGUAUUUCUCUGAAGAAGAGAAAGAUCCUGGAAAGUGGGAUUAUAGUACCUUUUUAUUCCUUCACAUAUUUUUUCCCCAGCAUUUGCGGGAAUAAAGUAACUUUAUUCCCCUCAUUCGCAAAAAUAAAGUUACUUAACCCCUCCCCUCAAAAUGCGCGAAAUUGUUUUAAAAAAUAAAAUAAAAAUAAACAAUUGCUUAUCUUAUAAUUAUUAAUGAAUUUUGGAAACAAAAGAUAAAUUUAAAUUCAGAAAUUUGACAAUUUGAUUUGUAUAAACGUAACUCCCACUUUUCAAGGGAACAAAGUGGCUACACAGUUCAGUCGUGAAUAAAGUUCUAUAUGCAACACAGGAAUAAUCUACGACUUUAGUCCCUUGUUGCAUAAUGUACUAUUUUGUUUUAAUGCUAUGUAAAAAUACUCCAGCAUUGUGAAAACUCUCUAACAACUUAUAACUGUCAAUGAUAUAAUUCCAAAAGUGAUUUUAAUGUCACAUAUAUCUUGUAAAUAAAAUAUGAAAAACAAAAUCCACAAAAACUAAAAUGGGGGUUGGCAAGCGAAACGAGCAAAGGGGCGAAGCCACAUUAGUAUAUAUGUGUAUAAAUUUAUACAUAUAUAUAUAUAUAUAUAUAUUUUUUUAGAUCAUACUAUGAAGGAUUAUGAAAACCACGAAUUCUCUCCUAAGAUGCCACUUUCUACAUCAACACCGAAGACCUGUCCGACAGAGAUAGCACAUACCUCUCAAAAAAAAUCUGUGCAGCAAAAGUCCGAUAAUUUUAAUAAAUCCUCUCCUUCAGUAGUAAGAAAAUCCUUUGGAUUUUCAGAGUCUCGCAGACGCUGGACGUUCAAGGUCACAGUCACAAGGUCGCUCAUGUUCUGAGGAUUUCCAUGCACGGUCACGUAGAUCGCCUUCACGAUUGCGAUCGCAAUCGCGCAUGUCUCAUUCGAAGGUUUCGCCUUCGCGGACGCCACCUCGAGUACCUACUUCAGAGACAGGACCUCCCGCCCUCUCUGGAGCACCUUCCGCACUCUCUGCAACAUCUCUCGCACUCUCUGGAGCACCUUCCGCUCGCUCUAGAGCUUCAAAUUUGCGCACACCACCUCGUGAGGACGCUGGACGUUGCAGGUCACGGUCCCAACGUCGCUCACGUUCUGGGAAUUCAUAUGAACGGUCACCACGUAGAUCGCCCCAUCGAUCGUCGCCUUCGCGAUCGAGCCUGUCACGUUCGCAGAUUUCACGUUCACAGAGGCUACCUCGAGUACUUCGUUCAGAGACACCAUCUCCCGUGCUCUCUGGAGCUCCUCCCGCACUCUCUGGAGCACCUCCCGCAAUCUCUGAAGCACCUCCCGCACUUUCUGGAGCACCUUCCGCUCGCUCUAGAGCUUCAAAUUCGCGGACACCACCUCGUGAGGACGCUGGACGUUCCAGGUCACAGUUCCAACGUCGCUCACAUUCUGGGAAUUCAUAUGAUCGGUCACCACGUAGAUCGCCCCAUCGAUCGUCGCCUUCGCGAUCGACCCUGUCACGUUCGCAGAUUUCACGUUCGCGGAGGCCACCUCGAGUACUUCGUUCAGAGACACCAUCUCCCGCACUCUCUGGAGCAUCUUCCGCUCGCUCUAGAGCUUCAAAUUCGCGGACACCACCUCGUGAGGUGAAAAAAUUUCCUAUAGUAAAUUAAUUAAAAAUUAAAAUAUUUUGCAGAAGCAGCAGAAAGCGCUUUCGCAAUGCUUCGAGAAUACAAACCAAAAUUAUUUAAAAAGUAUGUUAAAGCAGGGUACGAUGUUCAAUCAGAAAUUCACGAAACUCAUGAUAGGUAUGAGAUAGUAAAUGAUAAGGUGUAUCUUGGAUUAAAUGUCGAUGUGGGUCAAAAAACUUGGAGAAUGAUAAAUCGCCAAAGAAAAUCCAGGUUUUUAAGAGAUUUAGGAGCUGUUUUAUGGACCAAAAAGACCUUAGCCAAUCGAUGCUUGGAUAUCUCAAAGACCAAAGAAAAGCAAUUGAAUGGACAGCCAAUUCAACUACUAUCACCUAGAAAAUUAGAUUUAUAUUUAAGUUUAUACAACGAUUAUUUAAAUAAAUCAAGGUAUUACGCUCAUCUCGAUGUCGAUAACAAAGAUAUUCUUAUAAAGAAUUCGACAGAAAGUCUUAGUUUCCAUAUCAGAGAUGAGAAAAAAGCUAAGUCAUGUAUCGAAUAAAUAAAUUAUCUUUCGUUAACUUAUGUAA